AGAUUUGGCCAGACGGCGCUGAGUACGAAGGCCACUACGAGAACGGCCGAAAGAGCGGGAAGGGCAACUUCAAGUGGGCGGACGGUUCGUCGUACGAAGGGCAGUUCCAGAACAACGACAUCCACGGGGAGGGUAUCUACAAAUGGGAUGAUGGACGAAGGUUUUGUGGCCAGUGGGAGACGAACCGGAUGAGUGGCCAAGGCACCUUCACAUGGAACGAUGGACGCUCUUACGACGGACAGUAUGUCAAGGACAUGAAGUGCGCGUGGAUCGUCCUGAUGGCCAUGGCUUGUAAGAACCUGAGGACGGCGAAGGGACGUUCACAUGGCCCGACGGCCGCAAGUACGUGGGUCAGUGGAAGGAGACGGCAAGCAGCACGGCACCGGAAAGUACACGACCGCCAAGGGUCAGACCAGGGAGGGACAGUGGCAGAAUGGCGAACGACUGUGCUGGAAGACAGGCGACGUCAAGCAGUGAUGACAUGGUCUGACGGGCACAGUGUGCUGAGUAUGGGGCAUCGUAUGAUGGACGUCGCUGUCGUCUGCUAGUUUAGGCCUCACUUUCGGCCUUCUGUCUCCGCGUGUUUCUUCCCACCCUCGCCCUCAUUGAUCCUUGGGCACUGGCACUGAUUUUGUCGUUGUCCGCACAUGCCCACCUAACCGAACUCGUCUGCCUGCCAUCGCUGUGGGUUGCAGCAGUAGUAUUGCGUGCAGCGCGCCACACGGCGGCCGCCGAUGCCUUUCAGUCAUUGCCCCUCUGUUGUCGCAGCAGGCUCUGGCCUCGCCUGACCUGUGGAGCGUGUCGUAUGUGGUAGUGCUGGUGUUGUUGCUUAUGCGUGCAGCGACCAAUACUGCACUUUGAUGUUAACCUGCCGAAGCCACUGAUGCCCAUAUUCAAUUAACCAGCUUCACCGCGGCGGCUAGGCGACCGAGGGAGCGGCACGAAUAACUUGCUCUUCAUAUUGGUGCAUUCCCAGCCUCUAGGCUCCUCCUGUGCUUC